AUAUCCUUCUUUCUAGUUUUUUUACCGCAUUUUUGACCCCUUGUUUCCUAGUUUUCAACCACAAUUCCCUUUACAGCUUGGCCUCCCUCCUCAAGCAUAUCCAGUCUGCUUUUCAUCUCAACGGUUGGAUGUUAAAGGGUGAACAAAUUGCAAAACGAGUUUAGACUACUCGUUAGAAUUUUGUGUCAAGUCAAUAUCAAAUUAACGAAUUGCAUACAAAAAAUUAUCAGUCCUAAUUAUGACAUCCUAGCCUCUCAAUUAAUUGCUGAUAUCUUACCCUUGAAAACAUUGACAACUGAUAUUAUAGACGUAUUUUCUCUCUCUCUCUCUCUAUACUUUCUUCAAAGAAAAAUAUUAUUAUAAACCGUCAUCUGAAAAAGACUCGUGAUAGUGAAUUCACUGAAUUGUAAGUCUCUGUUUGUAUAGCCUGUUGGAGAUGCUCUAAACGUUACUUUCUCACAGAAUCUCGAUCUCCUUUUUAAGUAGGCUCCGACCCAGCUCAGAGUGUUAAACAAUCCCCAACAUCAGGGCCAUUUAUCUACAAACCCAGAUUUAUAUAUCAACCAUAUCCCAAAAAUAAAUUCACCGCCGGGGGAACGCCUCGCAGAAAGUUUUGAUUCCCUUAAAAAGAAGAAAAAAAUAUAAUAUUUUUCUCCUUUUCAGGAUUUUGUAUUGGUUUUUAUAACUGAGAAAUAAACGUGGGGGGUGCGUUUAAAAUGAAUGUUCAUGCACUAAGAUCCUGAAAACCAUGUUGUGUACAAAAGUUUCGAGGGAAAACGAAGCGGGAACGGUGCCGGUUUACCUCAAUGUGUACGAUCUGACGCCCAUCAAUGGGUAUGCCUAUUGGUUUGGCCUUGGAGCGUACCAUUCUGGUGUACAAGUCCAUGGUAUUGAGUAUGCAUUUGGAGCUCAUGAGUAUCCAUCAACUGGAAUUUUUGAAGGAGAACCAAAAAAAUGCGAAGGAUUUACAUAUAGGAAGACAAUCUUGAUCGGAAAAACGGGUAUGGAGCAGGCGGAGGUGAGAGCAGUCAUGGAGGAGCUGGCAGGUGAGUAUCGAGGGAAUGCAUAUAAUUUGAUUACCAAAAACUGCAACCAUUUUUGCAAUGAUGCUUGUGUUAGGCUCACUGGAAAUCCAAUCCCAAGUUGGGUCAAUCGGCUUGCUAGAAUCGGAUUUCUUUGCAAAUGUGUUAUUCCAGCAACUCUAAAUUCAACUAAAAUAAGGCAUCAUAGAAUCGAAGACAAGCCAUGCGAAGAAGAAGAAGAAGACGAAGAAGAGAAGAAGAAGAAAAAGAAAGUCACAAGCGACUCAAACAGAGUCAUAUCUUCUAACUCUUCUUCCUCCUCUUCAUUGUCUCCUUCUAGCUCCACAAUCCGCAGGGGAAGAAGCAGAAACAAAAGCAGACGCAGACGUGCUCUUCCUCCAUCUUCGCCUUAGCUUUUGGGUCGAGGAAAAAAAAAAUUCUCAAAGGGAAGGAAGGAGCAAAAAUCGUGGAUUUAUAUUUUUCUUCAUUCUUUUCAAAGGAACCUCGAAGAGAAUCUACAUGUUCUUGAGGAACCUCGAAGGCACGCAGCAAAUGCCUGUACGAGUCUACGCUUUUAUUCUUUGGGAGGAAAAGCUACGAAAUGACUGCAACUUUAUCUU